AUGGCCUUUCCCAAAGAAUACUCCAAAGAGCAGCUGAAUUACUUCAGAAUUUGUUUUGCAACUACUGAUAUUCUCGCCGAAGGCCUACGAGAAAUUUUUAAACGAGAAUGGGACAAACAGCACAAAUUAACAACAGGAGAAUGGAAAGACGAACCUCGGAAUGGAAUGGACUUUUAUAACGGAGAGUCUGCCCGAAACCACAGAAGAAAUGCCCAUCUUUUAGCCACCAUGCAAAACGGAAACAGAGAAGAAUGGGAUUGCACAAUGCUUUUCUACGCCAUUCUUUUCUCCGAUUGUGUUGGGCCCAGUCUUAGCGCAACUGUGAGGAUGAAUGUGGAUGGUCUUAGAAAAUUCAGGAACGAAGAAUUUGCUCAUAUGAAACAAGGUAGUCUCUCCGACACAGAUUUUCAGAAAGCUGUUAGCAAAGUUGAGGUGGCAUUUCAAGUGCUUGGUCUUCACACUGUCAAAAUUCAAGAUUUAAAAAAUCAGAAAACGUUUCCGACAGAAGAAUUGCAACAGAUCCUCAAAAAGGUUGAUGACCUUAAACAAGAAGUUCAAGAAAAAGAGGAUCAACGUCAGGUUCUUGAAGAUCAGCUUCAGAAAGAAACGCCAUCGUUUUGUAUUCUCCCUCCUAAACCUUCACGUGAUAUCAGUGGUCGUGAACGCGAGGUGUCAGAAAUAGCACAGCAGCUGAGGGAGCUAAAAGAGUCCAGUGACAACCAGCUGAGUUGUCUAUACAUCUCAGCGAAUCCUGGAAGUGGCAAAUCACAGUUAGCUGGCCUCGUAGCUAAGAGGGUCUUUGACGAGGUAAAAGAAAUCCCAGGCAAUUCUUUAUUUGUGAUGACCUUAAAUGCAGCUAGUCCAGAGUCACUCUUGGAGUCGUACGUCUCAUUUGCUCGCCAUUUAAAGUGUCCAGACUAUUCGGUUAUGGAAACCCUCAGCUCAAAGGACUGGAAUGUAAAGGAAAAGAUCGCCAAUCUUAAGAUGCUUAUCGCUGUAAAAAUUACCUGUUAUACGUCGUGGCUACUGGUCGUUGACAAUGUCACUACCAUGUCCUCUGUGCAUGGUCUUUUGCCACAGGUUGGAGUCGACAAUUGGGCAAGGGGUCAGUUGCUGAUUACAACUCAGGACAUAAGAUCAAUACCCCCAAAAGGCUCUUUUGUUAAUCACAUCUCAGCAAGCAAAGGUAUGGAGCCAGACGAUGCCUGUUCCUUAUUGGCUAAAGUAUCUGGAAUAAAAGAUAGCGAGCUAGUGAGAAAAGUGGCACAAAAGCUAGACUAUCAACCUCUUGCUUUAGCAGGUGCUGCCGUCUUUGUCAAAGAUGUUCGACAAGACAAAGCUUCGACGCAUUUUAGCUGGAACGAAUACAUGAAGAUGUUAGAAACUGGGAAAAGAGAAACUACCGAGGAUACACUCGCAUAUACAAACCCGAUUUACCCAAAGUCAAUGACAAAAGCAAUAAAGCUAGCCGUAGAAACAUUAGCGAGAUCCGACGAACUUGUUAAGCACCUUUUCACCCUCCUGUCCCUCUGCGCACCAGAACAAUUAAACGUGGACGUAGCAAUUAAUUAUAUCAUUAACGUACACAAGAACUUUCAAGAAGAGGACAAGGAACUAAUACGCAUGAAGUUAAGAAAAUGCUCCCUUUUGCUUUUUGAAUACGACCAAGGUGGCUACUUCAUUCGUGUGCACAAAGUUGUUCAUGAUGCGAUCAAAACUACGAUAAGUACUUUUACAGACAGUCAAACACCCCAGUUCGUAAAUGCCGUUAUUACAUCAUUUGACGAAUUUAUAGAAGCUGUUCCAGAAUUAAAUAAGAGACUGGACACCAUUCAUCUCGUUCCACAUUUAAAGGCCAUAGCCAUCGUGACAGACAAAGUGUUUGCCAAGGAAAAUUUUUUCCAAGGUCACGAUGAAGACUUUUCAGAAAAACUGAACAAGCUUGCACAGAUUUGUGAAAUGCAUUGUGAAUUUAUUGGGGCAAAAAAAUAUUUUGAAUAUUCACUCACUGUACAGCUUGAAAAGCUCGGCCCAGAACAUGUUGAUGUUGCAAGGAGCUACAAUAGGUUAGGUUUAAUUUGCUACUACCUAGGUGACUUGGAGACAGCCAAGAAGUACCAGCAACGUCUAGUGAUUACACUGGACAAGCCUGGCCCUGAACAUGUUGAUGUUGAAGUACGCUACAAUAUAUUAUCUUUAAUUUACCAGAAGCUAGGUGACCUCAAUAAAGCCAAGAAGUACCAGCAAAGUGCUCUAGCAAUUAGAAUUGACAAGCUUGGCCCUGAACAUGUUGAUGUUGCAACAAGCUACAGUAACUUAGCUUCAAUUUACCAGGACCUAGGUGACUUCGGGCAAGCCAAGGAGUAUCAGCAACGCGCUCUAGCGAUUAAGCUGGACAAGCUCGGCCCUGAACAUGUUUUAGUUGCAGCAAGCUACAAUAACUUCUCUUUAAUUCACCAGGACCUUGGAGACCUCGAGCAAGCCAAGGAGUAUCAGCAACGCGCUUUAGCGAUUAACCUGGAGAAGCUCGGCCCUGAACAUGUUGAUGUUGCAACCAGCUACAAUAACUUAGCUACAACUUACCAGGAGCUUGGUGACCUCGGGCAAGCCAAGGAUCGGAGUUCCAGGAACGUGCCCUAGCGAUUCAGCUGGACAAGCUCGGACCUGAACAUGUUGAUGUUGCAACAAGCUACAAUAACUUAUCUCUAAUUGACCAGGACCUAGGAGACCUCGAGAAGGCCAAGGAGUAUCAGCAACGUGCUCUAGCGAUUAGACUGGACAAGCUCGGCCCAGAACAUGUUGAUGUUGCCAAAAGCUACAAUAACUUGGCUUCAAUUUACCAGGACCUAGGUGACCUCAAGCAAGCCAAGGAGUAUCAGCAACGUUCUCUAGCGAUUAGACUGGACAAGCUCGGCAAGGAAAAUGUUGAUGUCGCAACAAGCUACAAUAACUUAUCUUUAAUUUACCAGGACGUUGGAGACCUCGAGAAAGCCAAGGAGUAUCAGCAACGUGCUUUAGCGAUUAACCUGGACAAACUCGGCCCUGAACAUGUUGAUGUUGCAAGAAGCUACAAUAACUUGGCUUCAAUUUACCGGGACCUACGUGACCUCGAGCAAGCCAAGGAGUAUCAGCAACGUGCUCUAGCAAUUAGAUUUGACAAGCUUGGCCCUGAACAUGUUGAUGUUGCAACAAGCUACAAUAACUUAUCUUUAAUUUACCAGGACCUAGGAGACCUCGAGAAAGCCAAGGAGUAUCAGCAACGUGCUCUAGCGAUUAGAUUGGACAAGGUCGGCCCAGAACAUGUUGAUGUUGCAACAAGCUACAAUAACUUAGCUUCAAUUUACCGGGACCUACGUGACCUCGAGCAAGCCAAGGAGUAUCAGCAACGUGCUCUAGCAAUUAGAUUUGACAAGCUUGGCCCUGAACAUGUUGAUGUUGCAACAAGCUACAAUAACUUAUCUUUAAUUUACCAGGACCUAGGAGACCUCGAGAAAGCCAAGGAGUAUCAGCAACGUGCUCUAGCGAUUAGAUUGGACAAGGUCGGCCCAUAA